CGCCAAGGAGAGUCAGAGGGAGGGAUUAGCUGCGAUUGAGCUUCGGCACUGGCGAACCGAAACCGGAUCAACCAAACACCCACUGCAGACAACCGAAACCGGGACACAAACCGCCUGCUCAGGCUCGUUAGCCGCGCUGUAUUGAACCGCGCCAGAGGUCUGUUUUGUUUAGGGAUGAACUCAGAAUGAAUGUAAACCAGCAAGCACACAUGGCCUCACCGUACAGGCAGCCACAGCCUGCCCUUCAGGGGUACAGCCAGCCCGGCUAUGGGGAACCCCCCACACAAUACGCACCCUACAACGGUCCCAAUCCAGGGUACCAGCAGGGACCAGCUCCAGCAGGUUAUUUUCCUUAUUCAAGCUUGCCCUCUAAGGCGCUUCCUGCUACUCUUGCUUCUGACCUCUCCUCUAACUCCUCCUCUCCGCUCGAUCUAGGUCCAGUGCGACCCUCGCCUAACUCUGGGCCCCCCCCUAUGUUGACCCCCCAGGGGUACAGCCAGUACACACAGGGAGAUGUGCAAAACGGCCCCCCGACCAUGAGCGGCCAGCCUCACAGGCCCCCAGUCUCUCAGCCCUACCUCCCAGGUAGUCAGCCAGCCUACCACCAGCAUUACGGAGCCCCGCACACUGGUAUGCAACAGAUGACCAAUCAGAUGUCGGGGAUGCACGUCUCAGCUCCGCCCCCUGCAGUCUCUGGCUAUGCACCCUCUUCUCAUCCUCAGACCUCUGUCAGUUUCUCGGGUGUGCCCUCCUUUUCCGUCUCCUCACAGCAAAACUCCCCAGCAGCCAGCCUAACACAUGGCCAGCCUCCCUCACAGCCCCCCUUCCCUGGGUCACCACCUCUCUCACAGUCCCCCUUCCCAGGCGUUCCACCUCCAGGCUCCCAGGCCCAAUAUUCGUCAACCCCUCCUCUUCCUGUGUCCCAACCCCAAUAUUCAUCAACUCCUCCUCUUCCUGUGUCCCAGCCCCAAUAUGCAUCAACCCCUCCUCUUCCUGUCUCCCAGCUCCAGUAUUCUUCAGCCCCUCCUGCCUCCUCACAGGCCCAUUACCCAGGGGCCCAACCUCCACCUGCCUCCCAGGCUCAGUUCUCUGGGUCCUCCCAGACCUCCCCCUUCCACGCACCCUCUUCCAGCUUUGCUCCCCCUGCAGGUGCUCCCAGACACCCCGGAGUGCAGCCAAUGCAGGCCCUGCCUCACUCCCAGUACCUCUCUGGGCCCCCUCGCCAGCCCAUGCAAGGGCCCCCGCUCUCCCAGCAGAACCAUGUGGCCCCGGGGCCCCCACAGCCAGGCAUGGCCCCAGGGAUGCAGGGCCCCUCAGCUCAGCCGGCACCCCCAGGACAGGGGCAGGGCGUCCACCCUCACCAGAACGGUGCAUUUGGACAAAUGAGUGGGCCACAGCCUGGCUAUGGUGGUUCUUACCCAGGCCCCCAAAACUAUGGGGCACAGCCCCCUCCUCCCGCCGCGCCCCCGCAGAAACGGCUCGACCCAGACUCCAUUCCUAGCCCGCAAGUCAGUGAGCUGCCUGCUGUGCAGAAAACAAGACAUAGAAUAGAUCCAGACGCGAUCCCCAGCCCAAUCCAGGUGAUCGAGGAUGACCAGGCGAACCGAAGCAGUGAGCCGUUCACGACAGGGGUCAGAGGUCAGGCACCACCGCUCGUCACAACCAACUUCCAGGUCAAAGAUCAAGGAAACGCGAGCCCGAGCUAUAUAAGAUGCACAUCCUACAAUUUCCCCUGCACCUCGGACAUGGCGAAGCAGUCUCAGGUUCCUCUGGCUGCAGUCAUCAAGCCCUUGGCGACUCUGCCCCUAGACGAGGUUCCCCCGUACAUUGUAGAUCACGGAGAGACGGGGCCAAUCCGCUGUAACCGGUGUAAAGCCUACAUGUGUCCCUUCAUGCAGUUCAUCGAGGGGGGCCGGCGCUUUCAGUGUGGCUUCUGCAGCUGUGUGACCGAGGUGCCUCCCCAUUACUUUCAGCACCUGGACCACACAGGAAAGCGAGUGGACUGCUAUGACCGGCCGGAGCUCUCCAUGGGGACAUGCGAGUUCACCGCAACUGUGGACUACUGUAAGAACAACAAGAUCCCACAACCCCCAGCGUUCAUCUUCCUGAUCGACGUCUCGUACAACGCGGUGAAGAGCGGGCUGGUCGACCUCAUCUGUGCGGAGCUAAAGACUCUGCUGGAUUACCUGCCCAGGGAGAGCAGCGAGGCGGACUCGUGUAUCCGGGUGGGCUUCGUCACCUAUAACAAGGUGCUGCACUUCUACAACGUCAAGAGCUCGCUGGCGCAGCCCCAGAUGAUGGUGGUCUCAGACGUAGCAGACAUGUUUGUCCCCCUGCUGGACGGGUUUCUGGUCAACGUGAACGAGUCGCGUGCCGUCAUCAACAGUUUGCUGGAUCAGAUCCCAGAGAUGUUUGCUGACACAAGGGAGACAGAGACGGUGUUUGCCCCAGUGAUCCAGGCUGGCUUGGAGGCCCUGAAGGCUGCGGACUGCGCAGGUAAGCUCUUUAUUUUCCACUCGUCGCUCCCCAUCGCAGAGGCUCCGGGGAAACUAAAGAACCGGGAGGACAAGAAACUGGUCGGCACAGACAAGGAGAAGACCCUGUUCCAGCCCCAGACCAGUUUCUUUGGCAACCUGGCGAAGGAGUGUGUGGCACAGGGCUGCUGCGUGGACCUCUUCCUCUUUCCCAACCAGUAUGUGGAUGUGGCGACACUGGGCGUGGUGCCCUCUCAGACUGGGGGCUCUGUGUACAAGUACACCUGCUUCCAGGUGCCUUCAGAUGGGGAUCGCUUCCUCAAUGACCUGCGCAGGGAUGUACAGAAACAGGUCGGGUUUGACGCAGUGAUGAGGGUCCGAACCAGUACAGGGAUCCGUGCGACAGACUUUUUUGGAGCUUUCUACAUGAGCAACACGACAGACGUGGAGCUGGCUGGGCUGGACUGUGACAAGGCCGUGACGGUGGAGUUCAGACACGAUGACAAGCUGAGUGAGGAGAGUGGUGCACUCAUGCAGUGCGCAGUUCUGUACACCAGCUGCAGUGGUCAGAGGAGGCUGAGGGUUCACAACCUCUCUGUCAACUGCUGCACCCAGCUGGCCGACCUAUACCGGAACUGUGAUACCGACACACUCAUCAACUUCUUCGCCAAGUACGCCUACCGCAGCAUUCUCAACUCCCCCACCAAGACGGUGAGAGACGCCCUCAUCAACCAGAGCGCUCAGAUCCUGUCCUGCUACCGCAAGAACUGCGCCAGCCCCUCCUCCGCCGGACAGCUCAUCCUGCCCGAGUGCAUGAAAUUGCUCCCAGUCUACCUGAACUGCGUGCUGAAGAGCGAUGUGCUGCAGCCCGGCGCUGACAUCUCCCUCGAUGACAGAGCCUACCUGCGCCAGCUCGUCACCUCCAUGGACGUGGCAGAGAGCCACGUUUUCUUCUACCCGCGCCUGCUGCCGCUGCAGAAGCUGGAUGUUGAGGGCGACACUCUACCCACGGCUGUGCGGGACUCUGAGGAGCGGCUCUCGAAAGGGGGGCUGUACCUCCUUGAGAAUGGGUUGCACCUCUUCCUGUGGGUGGGGGCCAAUGUGCAGCAAGAGCUGCUCCAGAGCGUCUUCAACACCCCCUCCUUCGGGCAGAUCGACCCCAGCAUGACAAACCUGCCGGAGCUGGAUAACCCGUACUCGCGGAGACUGCGGGCCAUCAUCGAGAACUUCCGGGCUCAGAGACCGCGAUACAUGAAGCUGAUGGUGGUGAAACAGGAUGACAAGCUGGAGCCGAUCUUCAAGCACUUCCUGGUGGAGGACAAGAGCACAAGCGGAGGGGCUUCCUACGUUGACUUCCUGUGUCACAUGCACAAGGAGAUCCGGCAGCUGCUGAGCUAGGAGCCGAGCCUGACCACGAGGGCAAGCCGAAUCACCCCCCAAACUAAUCGCACACAGACUCAAUUGCUCCUUCUAUAAUAGUUCCUUUUCUCCUUUUUUUUUUUUUUUUUUUUUAAAUUGACUAAAAAACAAAAACAAUAAACAGAAUGAUCUUCGAACUGAAUGGUUCUAAAAAUCCUCUCUAGCCCUCCCUCUCCUCAUCCAUCCCUGUUUAUGUAUUCUCCUUUUAAGUGGGCGGGGGGGGGGUGGUUUGUCAAACCAGAGGAGCGGAGGAGGUAGGGGCAAGAGUGCAUCUUUGCUAAUAGAGCUGUUGUAUAAUGUAUGUGUAUGAUAUGACGUUUAGCAUACUGAGAGAUUUUGUUUGGUUGGAAACACUGCUACUGAUUGGAGCUCUCACAGCUGGGACUGGAUGUGAUUUGGUAGGUUUGAAAGGCAAAUCUAUGCUUGCACAUUUAAAAUUCACAAUUUAGGAAAGGAAGUUUCAUUCUGAGGUUUUUUUUUUCUGUUCUGCUGUUUCUGCAUCUGCCUUUCUGUACCUCAUCAUCUUUCACAUUUACUACCCUUGAACAAUGAUUUUGUGCUGCCUGUCCGCUUCUUUUUAAAAAUAUUUCAUGGAAUGGGGAGGGAUGCACGUUUAUUACGUUUAUGUGCAAGCAUCAUCUCUCCCUUGGUAAGGCAAUGCCUUUACCAAGACAAAUCCACUUGCCCUCCCUGGUCUGUGUUUUUGUUUUAUUAUUUAUUAUUCUUAUAAUUAUAACUACAGUACACUGGCUAAUCCAAACCCUGUUCAGAUUUCACUGUUCAGUAAUAUGUACCGCACGAAAAAGAAAAAAAAAAAAAUUGCCCUGUCUUGUGUUUUUGAUACCAACUAUAAUAAAUCUUUAUCCACUGACUGAUAUUGACCUGUACUAUAAUACACACGUCUGCAGGUCAGCGUUUUCAGUAGUAGUUCAGUUGUCUGGAAAUUAAGUUUCUGCAGCUGCUGUCAUCCUGCAUUUCAUUACGAUGGCAUCAUGGUUUGGAUUAGAGGCCAGUUAAGGACUAGCAAGACUGCUGCACCUUGUUGAUGUUUUACUGAUGUGAUCAGGACUGGGCCCCUGGAUUCCUAGGGCUAUGUCAUUUGUACAGAACAGGGAUGGAAAUAAGGCUGCCAUUGCAUAGCUGCUUGAUCCACUCCUUGUUUCACUAUGAUUUUAAUCAGACACACCUGAACUUGUUACCUAUACGCUCUGGCUGAUCAAGCACAUAGUAAAAUCUAAUUUCCAUCCCUGGCCCACACAGCUGGCACAGUCUGCAUUUUAUAUAUAUAAAAAUGAUAAUCUCAGACCAGGUAUGCUUAAAAAGUAGCAAGCAAAUAAAUAGUUGUUCUGGGUGCAGGGCUAGUGUUUUUGUUUCACUGCCAAAAGAUGCAUUUUUAAAUAAAUUAAGGAUGAGGGUGUAGGAACAGUUGCUCUGUGUGAGGAGAGAGAGCAAGCAAUACUACCCCCUCCCCAACCACGCCUUCUGGUGCGACGCUAGUCCAGUCCUGGUUGUUAAAAAAAAAAUAUAUAGGUGUAUAUAUCAACCCAUGUUUGUUUUACAGUACGUUCUGAGAGACCACUGUCUGUCUCAGUCACUCCUUAGGGUAUGAACUGUGUGCUGCAAGCAAUGACAUACUAUUACCACCCUGAGUGACUGCAGAGUCAAUCCACCAAGAUUUAAAACAAACAUCCCUGCCUUCCCAACAGCAAGUAGUGAUAGUACCACCCUGAGUGACUGCAGAGUCAAUCUAGCAAGACCUAAAACAAACAUGCACAUUAAUAAUUAAGAUUAUUUCUGAUUUGUUUUUUCUCCAGCUGUGCGGUAGGUUAGUAUGUCAGUCAGACACUGUCCUAGCAUUGCCAUUGCUGUAAAAAAAAAAAAAAAAAAAAAAACAUUGAUGGCACAACUGCUGAUAAUUGCAACCAGCAUUCUCCCAAGCACUCCUCCAUCACCUGUAUUUUCCUGUAAAUUAUAAUUAUUGUUAUUUUUAUUAAUCAUUAAAAUAAUUAUGUAUGUA